UUUAUAUACGCAAACAAACUUACGAAUAUUUACGUAUCACGUAUAAAAAUUCUGAUAAUAUUUAUUAAAACCCAAUAAUUACAUCAACAUGAAUUACGGUCGAAUUAUUCUAUUCAUAGUAUUACAAAACGUUUAUAAAACAUUGGCUGGAUUAAUUCCCCCACGCGCAGAUCCAUUUUACUGGAGUCCUGUUAAGGGAAAUACACCAUUAUGGAAUAGCUUACCCUUCACGAAAACUGCGAUCUGUGAGGCCAAUAAAACCUACACGAUAAAAACCAUACAAGAUUUCCACUCUCACAUGACAGAUCUUGACUGCAUCUUCUCUGGGUCACGAAUCCCGACCAAAAUCCCUAUGGGAUCCUGGCACGGCAAAAUUUUAACUAUCCUGAAUACUGGGCUAUUCGAUCAGCUAUUUGGUUCAUUUUGGGUGGGAAAAUACGUUAAAAAAGCUUUAUGCAACGGGAGCGAGACGUUCCUUGGGUGGAAUGCAUUUUCUCUGAGCGGUCCUCAAUUUCCGUUCGUUCCAACCAUUGGAAAUCAUAGUUUAAAUUUGGCACCAUUAGAGUAUGACGAUGGGAGAGGCGGGUUACUAAUUCAAUACGUGGACGACGUCAUGGAUGCCUGUCCAGAAGAAAGGGAUAACGUGAUCCUCAACGGGGGUCAGGCCGGACCUGCCGGAGCUAACUUACUUAUCGGUGAACUCAACCCGCUCACAGAUGUGAUAAGAUUCGUUGGGAAACAGGAAGACGGAGGGAACAUAUACUUAAUAAAAACUUUUUUAACAGAUCUUUACAAGGGGGAUGGGAUGUCAGUAACGAUCGCAUUUACCGCCUUUUUGAAUUAUGAUUACACCGCCGAACCGAAUAUUUGUCCAGGAGUGGCUACAGAGCCUUUGGCGCAGAGCUACUCUUACACUUUUCCCGGCGCAAUUGACACCGUUCUAAGAACAUUUCCAGUCGACGAUUUAUUCUCGAGGACAGGGCGGCAAACUUUUCGUGACCUACGCCAAGCCAGGGUUACCUGGGGUAAAAACUUUUCAAAGUUUGUGCACAGCUUGCCAUUCAACAUUUUCCGGACAAUGCGUAGUGGUCGGGCUUGGAUGCAAGAAUUCUACUCUGAAAAAUCUAGGGAAGCGUGGGUAAAACAGGAGGGUUGUUAAAGCAAGUGAAAAUAUAUGUAAAUCAUUAUUCUUACUCCUUGUUUGUCAGAAAUCUAAUGGUUCCAUUAGAUUUCUUCCAAGUUUUAUUAAACAAAGAAAAUGACAAAUAAAGUAAAGUAAACUGGCAUUAAGUCACUACUG